AUGCAAACAUCCUCCACCAUGACGGAACGGCAAUUGAAGAAUAUACGCCUGCUUGGCAAACUCGAACAACUCUCGGCAGUCGCCCAUCAUAUAGACUUCUUUACAAAUACUGGUCUUUCUGCACACUACGCACCAACCCAAACCUUGCCUGGUCUCGAUCUGAAAGAGGCCGUCUACGGUGCCUUAUCCGAAGUCCUCACCCAACACCCGAUUCUGUUCGCGAUCCCUGUGAUAUCUGAGAAAGAGGGACCGUAUUGGGGACGACUGACCUCAAUAGAUCUCGAGAAAGUUGUGUCUUUUGUCGACCGAAGUCAGCCAUGUUUGGCCGGAGAUCAAAUAGAUAACGAGCUCGAUUCACUGCUUGAGCGCCAACACAACACAAACUUCAAGACUGGAUACGGCACUUUACCUGUCUGGAGACUGAUAAUACUCAGAGAUCAUGAUAUGAGCAAAGGAUUCACGGCCUCAUUCAUUGCCCACCAUUCGAUGACUGAUGGAACUGGCCUUCAGAUUUUCCAUGAUUCGUUCCAGAAAGCUAUCUGUGACAUUGCGUCCAGAGCCGCAAAACAAACAGCCAAUCUGGUUGUAUUCUCAAAUAAUGGGCCGAUUGCUCCAUCACUCGAGGAGCUUCAUCCUCUACCGAUCCCAACAAGCACACCAGCAUCUAAUGCUGCGCAGCUGAAUGAAUGGAGAGGCGCCCCCAUUGAAUUGCCGUGCCAUACACGUUACAAAUCACUGUCGCUUCCAUCAGAUGUCAUGGAGCGCUUUGUGCAAGACUGCAAGAAGCACAGGGUGGCACCAACAGCGGCUCUUCCAUCUCUUGUCGCAAGGUUGCUGUACGACAAUCUCCCAUCGACAGCAGAGGCUCUUACAUGCAACCUCCCAGUGAGCUUACGGUCGGAUCUACCCCCAAAGCUGGUCGAGGGAAUCAUGGGUAACUUCAUCGAUGCCUUCAAAGUCCAGCUCGUUCGCUCCGAUUUGGACCAGGCUAAAGAUGACUCAAGUACCGGCGCUUUCGGGAUCUGGAAUCACGCCAAGAAGAUCCAACAAGCUACUAGAAAGUAUUUCGCGAAUGCCUCGCCUUCCGGAGAGCCAUACGCAAAUGUCGCUGCGCUCAAACUUAUCCCGGAUAUCGGCGCAGCCUUGUCCGGAUCAAUCGGCCAUCCUCGCGGAGAAUCUUUUGAGGUCUCAAACCUAGGGACCUUUUCAGAGGCCAAGAACACCAAGGAAGGUUCCAAAUCACUAUGGCACCGAGGAAAGGUAUUAUUGAGCCGAUGCGCAUAUGCUGGAGGAGCUCCGUUGGUGGUUUGCGUACUGAACAAUGAGGAGUAUGUUGGGUUUGGCUUCACAUGGCAGGAUGGUUCGAUUGAUGAGACCAUUGUCCAGGCUGUGAUUGAUGGCAUCAAAACAUACUUCAGCACUAGGACAUAG